AUGGUGAAUCUUUUCGUGUUUGCUGUAUUACUUGUAGCUGCCGAUCUGACGGCAAAGCGUAGCCAGCGGCAGAUCUGGUUGAGCCCCCGAGCCUCCAACUGGAAGCAGGCUCUCGGUGAUGGAAGUCCGUGUCUGACAGCGAAAGGCCUGCUCGGGUCCUGCACCUCGUUUCGCAAGUGUUACCCUUACUUCAAGGUUCCGGAUCUGAACGUUUGGGAUUCGUGGGUCCUGGGGAACUACGACACGUGCAGCUACUUCAACGACGAUGGCCGCCAAGCGUUUGGAGUGUGCUGUACCAAUCCCAUCACUCCGCUCCCAAUCGAUGUCUCGAAUGUGGUCGGGGAAGACCCAAGACCCGGUUUGAAGCCGACGACGUCGCCCGUGGCAGGUGGAUUGAAGCCACCGAACAAGAACAACAACUACCCGAGCUGGCCACCACCGAUUCCAACGCAUCCGCCGGACCACACGCCCGCUACGCACCCUCCAUCGUUAGGCGGACCACCAACAACCGUCUCGUCCGUAAUCGCCUCAGAGCCCACGCAACGACCUACGACAACGUGGCCUACGAGACCGCGGCCACCACAGGUCCCCAAUCAGCCUCCACCGUCGGUCGGUGCUUGGCCACCACCGGUCCCGACACAUCCACCUCCGUUCGAAAUCUCCACCAUACCACCGUCACAGCCCGUGGCCGGCGACCCCGUCGUUGGUGGUUGCGGAUUGAAAAAUGGUAAUCCG